CUAUUAGUAAAACUGAAUACGAAAAUGACCGAGAAUUCCGGAUAUGACGUCGCACCAGCCUCGAUCUGGCCUUUCCGCCAUUGACGAUAUCUCAUCAAGGCGUGCACUACGUUUCGUGUCUACGAAAGACUUAAAAAAUGCGUUACGUGGCCGCUUACUUGCUAGCCAACCUUGGUGGCAGCAACAACCCAUCUGCUGCAGACAUUGAAAAAAUUCUCGGCAGUGUUGGUAUCGAGGUCGAAAAAGACAAGAUCACCAAAGUGAUCAGUGAGCUGAAGGGGAAGAACAUUGAAGAGCUCAUUGAAGAAGGCCAGAAGAAGCUAGCCUCGGUGCCAACAGGUGGUGUUGCUGCCGCUGGAGGAGCUGGCAGUGCCACGCCUGCAGCUGGUGGUGCUGCUGCUGAAGCAAAGAAAGAGGAAAAGAAGGAAGAGUCAGAGUCAGAAGACGAGGACAUGGGCUUCGGACUCUUCGACUAAAACCUAAAUGUAUAUUUUACUCAAGUAAAAAAACAAACCACCAAAA